AUGGGCCGCCGCGACGGUAUGUCCAAAGGCAAGGGCGGCUCCAUGCACGUAUACACGCCCAACUUUUUCGGCGGUAACGGUAUUGUGGGUGCCCAAGUCCCGCUUGGUGCCGGUCUUGCGUUUGCGCAAAAGUACAAAAAAACGGGCCAUGCGACAUUCACGCUCUAUGGCGAUGGCGCAUCGAACCAGGGACAAGUCUUUGAGGCGUUCAACAUGGCCAAGCUGUGGAACCUUCCUUGUGUGUUUGUCUGCGAGAACAACAAAUACGGUAUGGGUACAAGCGCCGAGCGCAGCUCCAUGAACACGGAAUUCUACAAGCGCGGUGACCAAAUCCCUGGUAUCCAAGUGAAUGCGAUGGAUGUGCUUUCCGUGAUGCAGGGUACUAGCUUUGCUCGUAACUACACAUUGUCUGGAAAGGGCCCCCUGCUUAUGGAACUGGUGACAUACCGCUACGGUGGCCACUCUUUGUCUGACCCCGGCACUACAUACCGCACGCGUGAGGAGAUCCAGAAAAUGCGCAGCUCUUCUGACCCGAUCCAAGGACUUAAGACGCAGAUUUUGGAAUGGGGUGUCAUGGAUGAAAAUGAGCUGAAGAAGGUCGACAAAGCGGCAAAAGAGUUUGUCGACAAAGCGGUGGAGACUGCCAAGGAAAGCGAAGAACCCUCUAUGGACGAUCUCUAUUGCAACGUCUUGUGCGUACAAAUUCAUUUAUGCUAA